AAGGGUCAGAAAUGUGAUCUGUUGGGUCACAUAUAUGUUGAUCAUAUGUACUGAUAAAAUGCAGUAUUAAAUAGUAUUUUUUUGGUAAAGAUUUCUUAGAUAAGUGAGAUAUAUGCUGAUAUCUUUAACAACAAGUGAUUGCAGUGAAGCUCUCCAUUCCCAUGCACAGCUGAUGCUUGGAGAAGGGCGAUGCUCACUCUGGCAUUGUGUAGACAUCAGUUUGCUUUAUAGCUCCUCUGUCCCAGCUUGGAUUCACCAUAUGCUGGUGGUGGAGCUGCCCUUUGGGGGCACUGCUCUGUGCUUCCAUCUACUCUGGGCUGCUCCUUCAUGCAUUAUUAACCCUUUGCUUUUCCUAAGGAGGAUGUUUCCAAGCUACAAGGUCAAGGUGACCGGAAUGAAUCCCAAGACCAAAUACAUUCUGUUGAUCGACAUCGUCCCGGCUGAUGACCACCGGUACAAAUUCUGUGACAAUAAAUGGAUGGUGGCUGGGAAGGCAGAGCCAGCCAUGCCAGGCCGGCUGUACGUGCACCCUGACUCACCUGCCACUGGAGCGCACUGGAUGCGGCAGCUCGUGUCCUUCCAGAAGCUGAAGCUCACCAACAACCACCUGGAUCCAUUCGGCCAUAUUAUCCUCAAUUCAAUGCACAAAUACCAGCCGCGGCUGCACAUUGUGAAGGCAGAUGAGAACAACGCUUUUGGCUCGAAGAACACGGCAUUCUGCACCCACGUGUUUCCAGAGACGUCCUUUAUCUCAGUGACCUCCUACCAGAACCACAAGAUAACUCAGCUGAAAAUUGAGAACAACCCCUUUGCAAAGGGAUUCAGGGGAAGCGACGACAGCGACCUACGCGUGGCACGGCUCCAAAGCAAAGAAUACCCAGUGAUUUCCAAAAGCAUCAUGAGGCAGAGGUUGGUGUCCAGCCAUGGCCAGCUCUCGACCAAGCCAGAUGUUAACCCGCUCCAUGGCAGUCACCAGACCCUCCAACACUAUCAGUAUGAGAAUGGUGCUCACAUGCAGUUCGCAGCCUCAGAUACUCAAGAUCUGUCACUCAACACCUUCACAGCACAGAGAGAUUCAGGGCUCUUCUAUCACUGCCUGAAGAGAAGAGCAGAUGACGCACGGCACCUGGACCUGCCCUGCAAGCGUUCCUACCUGGAGGCCUCCUCGUCAGUGGGUGAUGAUCACUACUUUCGCUCCCCACCACCCUACGAGCAGCAGAUGCUGAGCCCGUCCUACUGCAGCGAGGUGGCCCCACGGGAAGCCUGCAUGUACUCUGGGUCAGGGGCUGAGAUCGCAGGCGUGCCGGCAGUGGAUGACUUGCCUCCUCCGCCUCCCCCGCUGAGCUGCAAUAUGUGGACUUCAGUCGCACCUUACACCAGCUACAGUGUUCAGACAAUGGAAACUGUGCCCUACCAGCCCUUCCCAGCCCAUUUCACAGCCACCACCAUGAUGCCACGGCUCCCAUCCAUCGCGGGGCAGGGCUCACAGCCCCCGGGGAACAGCCACUUCAGUGUCUACAACCAGCUGGCCCAGUCUCAGGUUCGGGAGCGCGUCCCCCCAUCGUCUUUCCCAAGGGAAAGAGUGCACCCGUCCGUGUGUGAGAGGAAGCCGCCUUCCCCACACCUCAACGCUGCCAAUGAGUUCCUCUACUCCCAAAGCUUCUCCUUGUCGCGGGAGUCCUCACUGCAGUACCAUUCAGGAAUGGGGACGGUGGAGAACUGGACGGAUGGGUGACUCCGUGGGCCCAGCGGUGCCGCAGCUUGCGUUACCGCUCCGGGACGGUGCUAAGGCAGCGUUAUACCUGUGGGUAACUUGCACUUGGGUGAGACGAGCAUGCAUUUCCCAGGGACGCGUGUGCGCGGGGAGUGCCCAUCUCUGGGCACACUGAGAAUUCCGACUCCUGGAUCCAUCAGCCUCUGACUAACUUCCGAAUGAAUUAAUUCUCACCUCUUCAUUACCAAUCUGGUAGAAACCAUCUUCUGGACUAACGAGUGAAGCCGUCUGUCAUUCACUUUUGCCUGUAACAGUAAACAUCCACAAGCAAAUUUUGGCUUUUUGGGAGAAACACGAGCUUCACUUGUAUGGUACUCGGUUCACAAAGUCACAGAAUCCCCCAAACCAACAGAAGACACAAUCUCUUGGGCUGUGUAGCUCCAGGACUGCUGUAGCAGCACGUGUUAGGCUCUGUCCACCUGCAGAAAUUUCCUUUCCUCUGAUGCCAGUGGUGAGGUGCAGCGCAGAGAGGAGAAGCACCGGUGCUCAAAUGUCCCUUCUUCCCCCAUCGAUCAUGG